AAUUGCGCAAUAAGAGGCGCGCCUUGAGGCGCGCCUCUGCGCAAUUCCUGAAAAAAACGCCUCAAGGCAUACGCAAUAGGAGGCAGUGGUGAGGCGUACGCCUCAUGGAAGCUGAGGCGCGCCUCUGUUGCGCAAUUGCGCAAUUUUAAGAGAGGCGUACGCCUCAUCCCAAGGGCCCACCUACUUAAAAUCUUCCAUUAAAUCUCCACACCCGAUCGGCCUAAGCUCCAUCCCGACAUUUUCCGCCCGUUUGCUGCUCCAGGUCGCGACAUCCAGAGCCCCCCGUCCGCUCGGCCAACCGUCCCGCCGCCUCUCCCGCCGGCGCCGCCUCUCUCCGGCGAAGUUGAAGUGUCCGGCCGCCUUGUAGGAGAAGUCCACAAAGGAUUUUAGGUAUUUUUUUUUACUUUUUGGUUAGAUUUUUGAAAUGAAAGAAAUUUUAGGGUUUUAGAUUUUUGGAAUUUUUUUGUGUAAUUUUCGAUUCUUUCAUUAGGGAUCAUGGUAAGAGGCAAGGAAAAGGGGUCUUCGUCAUUGCGGAGGGACCCUUCUUGGAAGUAUAGUGUACAAGUUGACAUUGGCGGCGGCGAGAAGAGCUAUGUCUAUUUAAAGUGCAACUUUUGUGAGAAAGUUGUGAAGGGCGGAGUAACCCGCAUGAAGGAGCACUUAUCAUGCUCUCACAAGAACGUAGCACCUUGUGCAAAAGUGCCGGACAAUGUGAAGGAAGAAAUAUGUGCUUACAUGAAGAAAACUACCACUGUCAAACACUUACAACAGCAGCAAUUUGAUGAAAGGGUCGACCAAGGUGCCUAUUUUGGGAGCGAGAGUGGAAAGGGCUCCUCCUCCACUAUACAUAAUAGAGGUGCACGGGGUCCUAUGGAUCAGUACAUGACUACUGCAGGAGCAGAUAGAGGAGAAGCAGAGAUGAUGCCUGCAGCUGGUACUAGAGAGGGUCGGCGACAGGUUUGCAUGGACAUUGGGAGGUUUUUUUUUGAAAAUGCAAUACCAUUUAAUGUUGCUACAUCGCCUGCCUACUUCAGUAUGAUGCGGUCUGUAGGAUUGUAUGGAAGAGGGUUGAAAGCACCUUCUAUGUAUGAGUUGCGCACUUGGAUUUUAAAAGAGGAGUUGCAGAACACCGAGCGAACCAUUGGUGAGAUUAAAAGGACAUGGAUUGAGACAGGUGUGACUAUAAUGUCAGAUGGAUGGUCUGACAUGAAGAGUAGGAGUUUGAUAAACAUCCUUGUCAACAAUCCCUAUGGUACAGUGUUCUUAAGAUCUGUUGAAGCUUCUGAUGAGGUGAAGAAUGCUACAUUCAUUUUCAAUUUACUUGAUGGAGUUAUUGAGGAGAUUGGAGAGCAGUUGGUUGUCCAGGUAGUGACUGAUAAUGCCAGUGCAUACAAAGCAGCUGGUCAGAUGUUGAUGGAGAAGAGGACACACCUCUAUUGGACACCUUGCGCAGCACAUUGUAUUGAUCUCAUAUUGGAGGAUCUUGGUGACUUACCUCAGCACAAGAGUGCUCUUGUUAGGGCGAAGAAGAUUACAAAAUUCAUCUACAAUCACUCUUGGGUCUUAAGCUUAAUGAGAAAAUUUUCAAAGAAAGAAAUCAUUCGACCUGCAACCACUAGGUUUGCCACCUCCUAUUUGACACUGCAGAGCUUGAUGGAGGUGAGGCAACCUUUGGAAGCCAUGUUUACAUCAACUGAAUGGCUAAACUCUGCUUGGGGGAAGAAGAGUGAGGGAAAGGAGAUAAGAAAGAUAAUUCUGAAUGAUAAAUUUUGGGCUACUGUGACCUAUGCCAUUUUGAGCACGAGACCCUUAGUGCAAGUUCUACGCUUAGUGGAUGCAGAGAAGAAACUAGCUAUGGGUUUUAUUUAUAAUGCUAUGGAUGAGGCCAAGGAGUUGAUUGCACAUAACUUGGGAGGAGAGGAGGCAAGUUAUAGGGAGAUUUGGGAUAUCGUUGAUGCUCGGUGGGAGGUGCAGUUACACCGACAUCUACAUGCAGCUGCAUAUUAUCUUAACCCUCAAUUUCAAUAUUCAGAGAAAAAAUCUUCAAAUCCGGAAGUUAAGCUUGGUCUAUAUCACUGUAUGGAAAGAUUAAUACCGGAGCAGGCAGAUAGGGAGCUUGCAGAUUUACAGCUUGUUCUGUUCCGGAAUAAAGAGGGUUUUUUUGGUUUGAAUGCAGCAAAAACUACCAUUUCUAAACGGUCUCCAGUUGAAUGGUGGAUCCAAUUUGGUGAUUCCACCCCUGAGCUACAGAGUUUUGCUGUGAGAGUGUUGGGCCUCACUUGUUCUUCUUCUGGGUGUGAGCGAAAUUGGAGUACAUAUAGUCAAGUGCAAACAAAGAGAAGAAAUCGACUAUCUACACUCAGAAUGAACUCCCUCGUAUACAUAAUGCACAACAAGAGGUUAAGAGAUAGGAGGUUGAGGAAUAAGGGGUUGAAAGAUGAUGAGGACCCGUUAGUGUGUGAUGAUCUGUCGUCUGAUAAUGAGUGGUUCAUAGAUGAUGAGGCAGAUUUAUCAUUAUCAGACUUACAGGUAGAAGAUCUAAAUGUGGAUGUAUUGAGGGGCGAAGCAGAUCAAACGGGUACAUCCACUAGUACCACACCACACACAUCUACUAGCUCUGCAAGUAAAGGGAAGAGAAAAGUGAGCCAUGUUGAAGAUGAAGAUGACAUGGCAUUCAUAGAUACAAUUGGAGAAGAAGAUUCACUUGAAGACUGAUAUUUUGUGAUGGGAUAUGACUUCAUUUUAUGUGUUUUUUGUAUUUUGGGAGUUUUGAUAAACUGAUAUUUUGUGUUUUUGUACUUUGGGACAUAAUUUUAUUGCAUCUACUUUCUUAUUUUCCA